UCAAGAUUUGGUAGCUUUACCUCUCUCUCUCUCUAUAUAUAUAUAUAUAGAAGACGGUGCAAACAACUUUGGCUCUACUCCCGUUUUAAAACACCGUUUUCCUGAAUGGAGCUGGAGUAUCUGCGGCGGCCAGUAAUUUUCCUCCGCCGGCUACUAACCGAUAACGAAACCGAGUCAAACGAUUCCUACGGCGGCGAUGACUCAGAGUUGGACACAAACAUGGUCAUAAUCCUAGCUUUUUUGCUCUGCGCGUUGCUCUUCACACUCGGGCUCAACGCAUUCGCGCGCAGUGGUUUACUCAACGUAUUUAGCAGCUCGCCGGCGGCGGCGCCGGGCCUCAAGAAGCGCGCCCUGCGCCACCUCCCGGUGGCCGUAUACGGGUCGGGUCCGGACGUUUCGGGCAACGAAUGCCCCAUUUGUUUAGGAGAUUUCGUAGAGGGCGAGAGGAUCCGUGUCCUUCCCAAAUGUGGCCACGGUUUUCAUGUUGGAUGCAUUGACACAUGGCUCGUUGCACAUGCCUCCUGCCCCAACUGCCGGAUUUCUUUGCUUGAAGCGCCGCCGCCAUCUUCAACCGCCGCUGAAUCUGAUGAGCCUCAACUGCCCGUUGUUAUUUCAACUCAACCAUGAGCAUUCAUAUUUUAUCAAUAUUUUCCCAGUUUAUAACAAAGGAUUUUAUAUUUUGAAUUUUUUAACCCUUGCUCAAAUUUUAGCGGGUAAAUUGUUUCGGAUGUAAAAUGUGUAAAUUUGUCCUAGUUUUUUACUAUUCCUAUUCGGGUACAUAA